UACAUACCAGACGCCUUUCACCAAAUAUUUCAGCCUCUUUAAAGUAUAUUUUUGAAGUGACAAUAUAGCAUUACUGAAUACUUUGUGUCAUGGGACGUCAGUUUGAAAAAGUCGGAGAGGCCGGCUAGAAAAAAAAAAACAAUUUACAGGACGCUAUCCUGGGCUAAUCAGUUGACCUGCCUUGACAGCGGUAACCUCCCCUGCUGAGAAAAUGUCCGACGAUUUAUUACUAGAUAGGGGAUCUAUAUACUUCUUUGACCAGGCUAUAGAAGGCAAUGCAUCCAGUAAACCAACACGGAAGACGUUAGAAGAGCUGCCUGUCGAUCUGAGAUACUCAAACAUCAAUCCUCGCCUAGCUGCUUUUCUUAGAAGCAGAAGCAAAAAAUCAGUUACUGAAGACACCUCCACAGAUGAAGAAGGAGAAAUUAAAUCUAAAGAAGAUCUCAAAAAGAGAGAAAAACAUAAAUUCUUGUCAGAGGUGAACAGUGAAAAUUUGCCUAACAGGACCAGUGAAGAAGGAACUGUUGGGUCCAAUCACCUAGCAGCUUCAAGGGAUGAAAGUCAGAUUAUGCUUGUUGAUGAGUUUAAGUAUAUGGCUCCCAGUACAUUGGCUGAACUGGGAAGGAUGCUGGUGGCAAUUGAUGGAUGCGAAGAAGAGAUCCCCCUGCCACGCGGCCUGGUGAAUGUUUUGAAUUAUACAUGGAAGGAACUCACAGAGGGUGCAGUGUACAGUAAGAGGCACUGGCAAUCUCUGGCCUAUAAAAGCACAAAGUCCCAGAAAGUCAGAGGGUCACAUAACUCUGAAAAACUCAACGAUGAUGCAGCACUAGAUAAAAACCCCAAGAACAAACUGAAAAAGAGGGUUACUCUCACAGACAUCGAGCCAGAAAAGGGAACCCAGGAGUCAACAAAUGGACAAGCAAAACGAGGGCUAACAGAGCAUAAAAGAGAAAAGAAGCAAAAAAAAGGUGAUAAUGGUGCAGAAAGGGAAGGAUCAAAUCUACACCAGUCAGACAUGGGUCAGGUGACAUUUUUACCACUUACCAUUAGUUUCUCUAUGUCAUCAAGAAUAUGUGUGGAACAAGGUUGGCUUGUUCACCAAGAAGAAUUUAAACCAGAAGAUCCUCAGUGGAAAGUGCUGUGUUCGUGGGCUGUGGAAAGACUUCAGCUUGCUCAGGUGCCAAUUAAAGAACAAAAAUCAAAGCUUGAAGAAGCAGGAUUCAUGAAAAAAGUCCUGAUGCGCCAUUAUGGUGAUGCUAGAAAGGAGGCUCUCAUCAAAUAUAAGAAAAAGACCAUCAAAAAUGACUCUUUUUUGCUUAUCAAUGGCAAACCGCGAAUUCCAGAAAUCUAUCAAGAGGAUCCUACUUUGCAAAAACUGCAUUAUUGUGUCAAUGAUGGAUCUUCGGUAAUAUACUAUCCCACUGGAUAUAUUGCAGUGUCUCAGAGUUACUCAGGACUUCCCUGUGGUGGAGUCUACACUAAUGUAUUCAGUAAUAGUCCUGAGCCAUCUAUACUUGCCACCUUCACUCCCUUUGGUCAUGGCAGUGUUUGUCACCUCAACAGCAAUACAACAGCUGUGGUGGUCGAUGAAGAAGGUGGUAUGAUGACUGAGGAGGAUGGAACUAUAAAGAAACAAUGGAAAUGGAUACAAGGAGUUAAACUAAAUGAGCCAAUUUUGAUACAGGUAAAUGAAUUUAUUGUGAUUCGCAUUACAGGAGUCAACACUGCCAGUCUGUCCUAUAGAUGGCAGCAAGAGGCUGUACAUGUUUCCCUGUCCUCGCUGCAGAAUGCAAAACCUCUGCAUUCUAAUGAGCUGGGAUUAAUACUGACUGAUGUAAAACUUUCCUCUAAAACUGGCAGAGAACUUUCAAAAACAAAUAAACAGAAAAUUAUGGAAAAAGAAGCAAGGAGGAAAUUUAUGGAAAAAAAAAUGACUAUUGCUGAAAGCAAAAUGUCUGAUUUGGUAAAGACUCUGGAAAUCCCUGAAGAUGAUUUCAGCCACCUUCAGGGUUUAAAGUACUUUCAGGAACUGAAGAAGCUACAGCGAAAGGUCAAAAAUAUUCUAGAUGAUUGGAUGGAGCACUAUCGUAUUGCUACAGGUAUCAGUUCCCCAGACAUUCAGAAAAUGUCAAACACCCCACAAAUGAUCCAGGCAAUUCGUAAAACCCAGUCAGCUGCUCUGUCUACAUUGAGGGUAGCAGAUGAAGAAGAAAAGGAAACUGGAAAGUGUACUAGCCAUGAUGAAGGUUUUAGCCGCUUCCUAUCAGCUCCUGCAAGAAACAUUCGAUGGGAUCCACCAAAGAGUGCCUUAUCCUCUUGCACACAGAAGGAGAACAAAGAGGCAGGCAGUUUUUGUACCAAGUUACAGAGUAAACCUGGAUUUUCACUCUUCAAAGGCUCAGAAAAUAUCAGGUCGCAUAUGACGAUUCAUAAGGCAUGUCCAGUGUCUUUGCGAAAUGCACUAUUAAAAGAUGGAACUCCUAAGAGGUGCAGAUGCAGCAAUCAUCAGAUCCCAUUAGUCAGUGAUGUGGAGUAUGAUGACUUCAUCCAAGGUCAGAUGCCUGGGAUUGAACAGAUCUUAGUAAUGUGUGUGGUUUCAUCUUCAGCCCUAAAGAACUCAGCUGGUGUUGACAUUCUUGAGGAACUUUAUGAGAAGAAGAACAAAAACCGCAGCAUGCCUUGUGAACAGAGCCGCUUGGACUCAUUUCGCUUGGUGAAAUAUGACAUUAAUACUGCUGGUAGUGUCACUGACUGGCAUGACUGCCUUUUGGUUCGUCGUCACAAUGUAGCUCCUGGCAUGUUUUUGAUGUAUAUUUGUGGAAAGCUUCUGUUUGCUGACUACAUAUUCAAUGGCUACAGCAACUCUAUUAAAGACCUCCAGAAGCAGAUCGCCAAAUCCCGUGGAGACUAUCGGAUGGGCUUUCGUCUGCCCAGUGAUUUUAGAUUCAGCCCUCAGUCAGCAAUUCCCCCGGAGAAAAAGUUGAUACCAGCAGAAUCACCUCCAGGCAUUGAAUCUAGGAAGUGUAAGGACUGGCCACUCAAACAUGACUGCUGUGUCCAAGAAACAGACAGGACUGCAUCUGUUCAAGAUGGUGCAGCACUCAACAUGUCAAAGAGGAGCCACCUGUUAUGUGACAGGAUAAACAACCAUCCUCCCCCCUGAUGAAGAAGGGGCUUCUAAACACAUAAAAAUAAUAAUCAAUCAUUCCAAAGAGUUUCUUACCAAAGAUGUUAUUUAGUCCAAAAGUAACGGGUGACUUCUUAGAAGGUAGCUUUUCUAGCUCUUGGAAACUUUGUCUAAGAGUGAACUAUGGUUUUAUACAUGAUGAUUUUUCCUAGCAAAAUAUCUUCUGUCUGCUACAAGUAGGAUUCCUUUUUUUCCUUUUCUCUUCAACAAGACUGUUUCUAGUUUUAAAAUGAGGACAGGUACAUUUGACAGUUUUAUAGAUGGAAAGGUCAGAUAGAUGGAUCAGUGCUAACUACCAGUCAUUUUAAAAACAUGGACGCAUACAAGAAUGUAAAGGGCAUGAGAGACAAGCCCCUGGAGGACGAUUGUGAUGUACUGGUCAAUCUAAAUCCUGGUCUUUUGCAAUGGUCUACGAGCACUUGGCAGUGAUUGGAAAGUGACCAAAAUGAGGCUCCUGUACAGGGUUGCUGGGAUUGUUUGCAGUGAGUGAUAGAGGAACUUAGCAAAACAGGGGUUUAGUGGGAGUGGGGGGGAUAGGGGUUGGUGGACUUCAGAGGCCUAAUGCUUCACUAAACAAAGAGGAACUGGUUAAAGGUGGCCUCUCUUAGUUGGGAUGCCUUCAAGAUGGGUGCACGAGGCAUGGCUCUUUGGGAAGAUACAGAGGAAACAUUAAAAGGGACUAGAUUUCAGUGGCCUGGCAGCAGUUCAAAUUUCUCGGGAGGAGCUAGAAAAAUUUGUGAAUGUUAAGGUUGUGUGGUCUGUCCAGCUCAGCACGUUUCCACGUCAUCCCACAGUAGGAAAAUCAGAUUGAAAAUGAAGUGAUGAUCAAGAAAAUCAGCAUUUAUUGCUAUACACAAAUGCAGAGCGGGUUUGUAUGAUAGUUAUCUGUUUAUAAAAGUGUGCUUUAUGAUAACCCCUACUGUGAAAAAAAACACUGUAUAAAAUAAAGAUUGAGUGGAAUCCAUACAACUUAAGAACAUGAUCAUUUUAUCCUAUUAAAGCUUGUAAUUGAUACAGACAAGAUAUAAUAUCAGAGAUAGUAUUUUCCCCAAAAUGGUAACUUAUACACAUGGCAAUACUUUUCCACAACUAGUAAUAGCACAGAAGCAGAAAAAUGGAGUAUAUCAGGUAAGCUGAUUUGUAUUUUCUCUUAUUUACAGUGGAAUCAUGUAUUUCACUACACGCUCAUUUGUUAUGGGGCAUGAGAGCAGCGACAUGCUAUGUUAUGUGUUGGCCAUAUGAAUAUUACUAUACUUUGUACAUGUGACAUUACAAUAACUAAAUUUAAAAACUCAAGCAUCUUGAAUGUUGUCACUGUUUACGCAAGGCUUGCUUAGAACAUAAAGAUAACAUAAGUGUGACAAAUGAGGUGAGACUACUGACCACCAUUAACUUCAUUUAGUGAGCUACAAUGUCCCAGAUAUCCAGGUACUUUUUAAAAGCCGUCAAGGUUUCUGCUGCAAAUACAUGACUCCAGAUCCAGAUUACCAAGACUCUGCCUGAAGAAGCCCCUCCUUGCUUCAGUGUUCUUACCUUCAUCUCUUCUUUGCAGCAUAGGGGUAUGCACACAGGGCAUCUG